AUGAAAUCAAGGAAUAACUGUACAUUGCUCCAGGUCAAUGACGUAGACCAAGCAUCAUUUGGAGAUCUCGGACUGUUCGGAGCUGAAUUCCUUGAGAAAUUACUAACCGAAAUACUGCAAAUCGGUAUCGCGAUGCCAUCCAUGCAGGGAGUCCUAUUGAAAAGCCCACGACUAACAUUUCACGAGCGUUAUCUUCGAGUGGUGACGUACUUCAAGUUGGACGAGUAUUUCACCGGUGAUCUCGUACAAAGUGCUGUAAAGCAGACGCUCAAUCAUGUCGGAUGA